AUUCACACAGUGCUGAGAGCUCACUCCAAGACUCACACAGUGCUCAGUGCUCACUCCAAGAUUCACACAGUGCUGAGAGCUCACUCCAAGAUUCACACAGUGCUGAGAGCUUAUUCCAAGAUUCACACAGUGCUGAGAGCUCACUCCAAGACUCACACAGUGCUGAGAGCUCACUCCAAGACUCACACAGUGCUGAGAGCUCAUUCCAAGAUUCACACAGUGCUGAGAGCUCACUCCAAGAUUCACACAGUGCUGAGAGCUCACUCCAAGAUUCACACAGUGCUGAGAGCUCACUCCAAGAUUCACACAGUGCUGAGAACUCACUCCAAGAUUCACACAGUGCUGAGUGCUCACUCCAAGAUUCACACAGUGCUGAGAGCUCACUCCAAGAUUCAUACAGUGCUGAGAACUCACUCCAAGAUUCACACAGUGCUGAGUGCUCACUCCAAGAUUCACACAGUGCUGAGAGCUCACGCCAAGAUUCAUACAGUGCUGAGAGCUCACUCCAAGAUUCACACAGUGCUGAGAGCUCACUCCAAGAUUCACACAGUGCUGAGAGCUCACUCCAAGAUUCACACAGUGCUGAGUGCUCACGCCAAGAUUCAUACAGUGCUGAGAGCUCACUCCAAGAUUCACACAGUGCUGAGUGCUCACGCCAAGAUUCAUACAGUGCUGAGAGCUCAUUCCAAGAUUCACACAGUGCUGAGAGCUCACUCCAAGAUUCACACAGUGCUGAGUGCUCACACCAAGAUUCAUACAGUGCUGAGACCUCACUCCAAGAUUCACACAGUGCUGAGAGCUCACUCCAAGACUCACACAGUGCUCAGUGCUCACUCCAAGAUUCACACAGUGCUGAGAGCUCACUCCAAGAUUCACACAGUGCUGAGAGCUUAUUCCAAGAUUCACACAGUGCUGAGAGCUCACUCCAAGACUCACACAGUGCUGAGAGCUCACUCCAAGACUCACACAGUGCUGAGAGCUCAUUCCAAGAUUCACACAGUGCUGAGAGCUCACUCCAAGAUUCACACAGUGCUGAGAGCUCACUCCAAGAUUCACACAGUGCUGAGAACUCACUCCAAGAUUCACACAGUGCUGAGUGCUCACUCCAAGAUUCACACAGUGCUGAGAGCUCACUCCAAGAUUCAUACAGUGCUGAGAACUCACUCCAAGAUUCACACAGUGCUGAGUGCUCACUCCAAGAUUCACACAGUGCUGAGAGCUCACGCCAAGAUUCAUACAGUGCUGAGAGCUCACUCCAAGAUUCACACAGUGCUGAGAGCUCACUCCAAGAUUCACACAGUGCUGAGUGCUCACGCCAAGAUUCAUACAGUGCUGAGAGCUCACUCCAAGAUUCACACAGUGCAGAGUGCUCACGCCAAGAUUCACACAGUGCUGAGAGCUCACUCCAAGAUUCACACAGUGCUGAGUGCUCACGCCAAGAUUCAUACAGUGCUGAGAGCUCACUCCAAGAUUCACACAGUGCUGAGUGCUCACGCCAAGAUUCAUACAGUGCUGAGAGCUCACUCCAAUAUUCACACAGUGCUGAGAGCUCACUCCAAGAUUCAUACAGUGCUGAGAGCUCACUCCAAGAUUCACACAGUGCUGAGUGCUCACGCCAAGAUUCCUACAGUGCUGAGAGCUCACUCCAAGAUUCACACAGUGCUGAGAGCUUACUCCAAGAUUCACACAGUGCUCAGUGCUCACUCCAAGAUUCAUACAGUGCUGAGAAUUCACUCCAAGACUCACACAGUGCUGAGAGCUCACUCCAAGAUUCACACAGUGCUGAUAGCUCACUCCAAGAUUCACGCAGUGCUGAGAGCUCACUCCAAGAUUCAUACAGUGCUGAGAGCUCACUCCAAGAUUCACACAGUGCUGAGUGCUCACUCCAAGAUUCACACAGUGCUGAGAGCUCACUCCAAGAUUCACGCAGUGCUGAGUGCUCACUCCAAGCUGUUUAGAUAA